AUGGACGUUUGGAGGGAACAACUACAACGAUCAUUGCAAUACGACGUCGAUUUGACACUGAUGUGUGUAUUAAUUUUCUAUAUCACUAUAUUAACCAAUGGAUGUAGCCUUCCCGGUGGUAGAAGAGAUCCCGAAGAUAAAACAAUUGUAGACACAGCACUCAGAGAAACGUACGAAGAGAUUAAUAUUCUUCCAUCAGAGAUCGAGAUUCUGGGCCAGCAUGCUGCACUCCCAAGCGUAGAUAAAUCCUUGGUAGUUUAUCCUAUUGUAGGAUAUAUAAAACAACCAGUCGAUGUCAAUGAUAUAAAAUACAACCACCAUGAAGUAUCUGACGUAUUCACACUUACUCUGGAUGAGCUAUUGAAUCCAACUAAUAGAACAAAGAAGAGGUUUAGAGACACAAAUUAUUAUUAUACUACAUUCCAAACGCCACCGUGGAUUGGCAUUGAAAUAUGGGGAUUGACUGCAUUUAUAAUUAAUGGUGUCCUGAGAACAAUAUGUGAACCGCCGUUGAACCCAUGA